ACUGUUCUGAGACUGUUGGAGGGACCUGCAUUAAAGUGGGCCACUUCUACCUCCAGCAGUUUGCAGCAGUCCAUGGAGGACUGGGCUUUUGGGCUUGGGGUGGACAAACUUCUGCAGGCCCUGGAGGACCGCUUUGCCGAUAAGGAGCGGGCCCGCAAGGCUGCUGACAGGAUUGCUCGCCUGGGACAGCAACGGUACAGCGGUACCCUGCAGGCCUUGUUUGCUGAGUUCGAGCAGCUGACCUCCACCCCUGGGUUGGUCAUGUCUACUGAUGAUCUGCUGACCAACUUCUGGAGGGCCGCGCCUGAGAAGUUUGUUGUUGCAUUGUACAACGUUGGGCACAAGGACUGGAGGUCCUUUGGCCGUGCAACCCUGGACAUGGAGGCAAAGCUUCAUGUCCAGGCCCCAUCCUCUGACAGGAGGAAAGGUGUCUUCCCUAGAGGUCGCAGAAAGGGAAAGGCAGCCUUCACUCACGCGGAGUCUGCAUCAGUGCUGAGCAUCAGGGAGAAGGUCAAGGGUAUCCCUGUGACCUUCGACAGUGCUGGAGAAGUCAGACAUAGCCUGAACUUCUACAUCUUCCCUGAGCUGCCCUUUGACUUGGUGUUCUCUAUGCAGUGGCUGAAGGCAGUCAACCCAAGGAUCGACUGGCAGAUCCCAAAGGUUGAGCUACCUAAUAGCCAAGGCACCUUCCAGACAGAGAUGCACCGCAUCUUCAGGCCUUAUGUGGACAAGUUUAUGGUUGUCUACCUGGAUGAUAUCCUGGUAUUCAGCAAAACUGCCAGGGAACAUGCGGAGCACUUGGCUCUUGUUCUUCAGUCAUUACGUGACAGCCAGUACAAGAUCAACCGAGAGAAGUCCUCUUUCGGAGUUCCCUCUGUCAUCUAUCUGGGGCAUGUAAUCUCUGGAGAUGGCCUGGCUCCUGAAGCAGCCAAGAUUGCUGCCAUUCAGGAGUGGCCUCAUCCUCAGACAGUGAGGGAUGUUCGGUCCUUCAUGGGUCUGGCCUCAUACUACAGAAAGUUUGUCAGGAACUUUUCUGCAGUGGCUGCACCCCUGACUAACCUAACGAAGAAGGACACUCCCUUUCUUUGGUCCCUCCACUGUCAGUUGGCCUUCACACGACUCAAGAAGGCCUUGACUCGUGCACCUGUGCUAAAGUUACCUGACCCCACUUUGCCAUUUAUCCUGACCACGAAUGCCAGUCGGUAUGGCAUUGGGGCAGUUCUUCAGCAGGAUGAUGGGAAUGGUCUACGACCUGUAGAGUUCAUGAGUAAGAAGAUCAAGACUCAAAAGCUCCAGGACUCUACCUACGAGAAAGAGCUAUAUGCUCUUGUCUGUGCCCUGAAACACUAUAAACACUUUCUCAUGGGCAGGCACUUCAAGAUCUUUUCAGAUCACUCCACCUUAGAGUGGAUGAAGUCCCAGGGAGAGUUGAAUGAUAAGUUGGCACGGUAUAUUCAGUUCAUUGACAUGUUUGACUUUGAACUGAAACAUAAGAAGGGUUGCUACAACAAGGUAGCAGAUGCCCUCUCUCGUAAGCCUGACUCUUUUGCGCUGAUCUCCUCUACUUACUCCUUUGGAGAGGAGACCCGUCAGACCAUUGCUCGUCUACUGCCUCAGGACGAGACUUUCGGACCCAUUGUCAGGAAUCUGCAAGCAGAUCCUAACUCUGAACCAGGCUAUGCUCUGAGUUCAGGCUUGAUGUACACUUACAGUAGAGGCGAGGAGCGCUUGUGCAUUCCUAAGGACCCGCGGCUCAGGACACUACUGAUGUUAGAGUGUCAUGACGCCCGUGGACAUUUCGGGUUUCUGAAGUCUUAUGCAGCCCUGUCGCAACGAUUCUUCUGGAAGAAGAUGCAGAGUGAUAUGCUGCGCUAUGUGGACACCUGUGAGCUCUGCCAAAGGAAUAAGGUCCAACGUAGACCUCCUUUGGGACUGCUCAAACCCCUACCCAUAACUGAUGGCCCUGCCGAAUCUGUGGCGAUAGACUUCACAGAUUUAGGCAAGACCACCCCUCGUGGCAUGCGUCAGGUUAUGGUCUAUGUGAACAGGUUCUCCAAAUACGCAAAGUUCAUCCCCUUGCCAAAGGUAGCUAGGGUUCCGGCUGUGAGAGCAGCCUUUUCUGAGAGGUGGGUCACUCACCAUGGACCGCCCACUUCCAUUGUCAGUGAUAGAGACCCCAAAUUUUGCAGCGAUGAGUGGCAGUCCUGCUGUAAGGACUACUUGCACUCACGUUUGGACACGACUUCUGGUCAUCAUCCUGAAGCCAAUGGUCAGGCUGAAGUGAUGAACCAAGUCUUGUUCCAAUUGCUGCGUCCUGUCACCUCUCCAGAUCAAUAGGACUGGGAUCUUCACUUAGCGAGGGCACAACUCA